AUGGCUCUUCUAGUGGAGAAAACCACCUCCGGCCGCGAGUACAAGGUCAAGGACAUGUCCCAGGCUGACUUCGGCCGCCUCGAAAUCGAGCUGGCCGAAGUCGAAAUGCCCGGCUUAAUGUCCUGCCGUACUGAAUUCGGCCCCUCCCAGCCCUUCAAAGGCGCCAGAAUCACUGGCAGCCUUCACAUGACCAUCCAAACCGCCGUAUUGAUCGAGACCUUGACUGCUUUGGGCGCUGAGGUGAGAUGGUGCUCAUGCAACAUCUUUUCCACCCAGGACCACGCCGCGGCUGCCAUUGCUCGGGAUAGCGCGGCGGUGUUCGCCUGGAAGGGUGAAACACUCCAGGAGUACUGGUGGUGUACUGAACGGGCUCUCGACUGGGGACCUGGUGGCGGACCCGAUUUGAUUGUGGAUGAUGGUGGGGAUGCUACUCUCCUCAUUCACGAAGGCGUCAAGGCCGAGGAGGAGUUCGAGAAAUCUGGAAAGGUUCCCGAUCCGAGUUCAACUGACAAUGCGGAGUUUCAGAUUGUGUUGACAAUCAUUAGAGAUGGAUUGAAGACGGAUCCGAAGAAGUAUGCCAGAAUGAAGGAGAGACUUGUUGGUGUGUCUGAGGAGACCACCACUGGUGUGAAGAGGCUGUACCAAAUGCAGGCUAAUGGAACACUGUUGUUCCCUGCUAUCAAUGUCAAUGACUCUGUCACCAAGAGCAAGUUUGAUAACUUGUAUGGAUGCCGCCACUCACUCCCUGAUGGGCUAAUGAGAGCCACUGAUGUGAUGAUUGCUGGAAAGGUUGCUGUUGUAUGUGGUUAUGGUGAUGUUGGCAAGGGCUGUGCUGCUGCCUUGAAGCAAGCUGGUGCUCGUGUGAUCGUGACUGAGAUUGAUCCAAUCUGUGCUCUUCAGGCCCUCAUGGAAGGACUCCAAGUUCUAACCCUCGAGGACGUAGUCUCUGAAGCUGAUAUCUUUGUCACCACCACCGGUAACAAGGACAUCAUCAUGAUUGAUCACAUGAGAAAGAUGAAGAACAAUGCCAUCGUUUGCAACAUUGGUCACUUUGACAAUGAAAUCGACAUGCAGGGUCUUGAGACCUAUCCUGGGGUUAAGAGAAUCACCAUCAAGCCUCAAACAGACAGAUGGGUUUUCCCAGAAACAAAAACAGGCAUCAUUGUCUUGGCCGAGGGUCGUCUAAUGAACUUGGGUUGUGCCACAGGACACCCUAGCUUUGUCAUGUCAUGCUCUUUCACUAAUCAAGUUAUUGCCCAACUUGAGCUGUGGAAGGAAAAGAGCACCGGGAAGUACAAGAAGGAGGUUUAUGUCUUGCCCAAGCACCUUGACGAGAAGGUUGCCGCACUUCACCUUGGAAAACUUGGUGCUAAGCUCACUAAGCUUUCCAAGGAUCAGGCUGACUACAUUAGCGUACCAGUUGAGGGUCCUUACAAACCUCCUAAUUACAGCUGUGAGUUUUUUGUUUUUGGUGGAAGAAGUGCUAAGAUAUACCUCGAUUCACAUCACUAUAUUACACGGUUCUCGAGGCUGAUCAGACUUCCGAGGCGGGAAUUUUCCAACAGAAACAGGAUUGAUCGCCAAUUUCUGGAACUUGAAGGAUCCAUUUGGAAUUUCCGAGCUUUCAGGGGCCUUUCCAGACUGAACUGCGCUCUGCAGAUUACAGAAUUAGUGGGAGAUGGAUUUGAUCCUCCGAGGAAUUGA